CUCGUUCUAUGACUCUGUUGUGGUUUUUUAUGUGACAACAAAAUAUUAACAUCAUGUUAGCCAAUAUUUGGUAAAAUGAGUUUGAAUCAAAUAGGUUUAGUUGCUUACGAUAACAGUAGUAGUGAAAAUGAAACUGAUGAUGAAUCAAUUGGAUCAGAAAAUAUCAUUAAGGAAAAAACAGUUGACCAGGAUUCUGUAAAUUGUAGUGGGGACAUGGCACCAAAUGAGUUUUUCCAUAAUAGUAUUAAUAAAACAUCGCCAACCCUUGAAUCAGAUAUUACAACAAAAAUUGCUCAUUUACCUGAAUGCAGAAAUUUCUCAACACCUAAUUUGGAACUAAAUGAUAAAUUGGAAGAAUUUAUUCCUACAAUUAAGUCUAUGAAGGAUAAAAAUAAGGUUAAAAUAAUGAUACCAUCCCUUUCAGAAUUUAAAGAUGUAGGGGAAGAGGAGCCUGGAAGGAAGCGUAUCAAACCUUCUGAAAAAGAUGAAGAAAUGUGGGAAAAAAUUUGUGGAAAAUCUAAAACACAGACAAAAAGAGAUCAUACCUCCAUACAUAGACCAGAUGUACCUGAACCCGUAAUUAAAAUUGCGCCAGAACCAAACAAUCCAUUAGAUGCCCUUGACAAUAAAGCAUUUAAAGAACUGGUAGGAAAAACUAAACGUCCAAUGGGCAAUAUAAAGUUAAUUGAUAUAAAUGAAGAAGAGAUUCUACCAGAUAAAGAAUUAUGGAUGACAAAGUCAUUGACUGAUCCAGAAAUGUCACCCAAAGCACAAGUUGGAGAUGCUGUAGAUCCAACCAAAAGGCGAAAGCAUCAUAUUACUUAUCUAGCACAACAAGCAAAAGCAAAUGAACAGGAGUUGAAAAGUGCCUGGGCGGCUGGAAAAAAUAAUAGAAUAAUGAGUAGAGCAAAGUAUGGUUUUUAAAUAUGUUGUAUGUUUGUGUAUACAAAAUAAUUACUGUUAAUUUGUAAAUAA